AGUUAUCAUUACCGGAUAAAUUGGGCCCUCUUUGGAUUUUUAUCUUAUACCGGGUUUCCUUUCCGCCCCCUCUUCCUUUAUACGAGGCUAUCAAACCGUAACCUUCUUUCUGUAUCGUGUUCUUUAUAAUCCUUUGAAAAUUAUAUAGAAACCCUGCUUGUAUUGAUUUUUCUAUCGAGAAUUUAGUAGUCUUGGCCGAAUAUCAGAUCCCCUGGAGUCCUUCGAGAAUUUGUAUUUUAAGUUGAAUUAUACGCAAUAGGAGUUAUCAUCAAUUGGCAAUCCCUUUAUUCUGAGUAACUGUAUUUAAAUUACCAAGAUAAAAUUUACGUUUCGGACAUCCGAUUGAUAAAAUUAUACGCAUCACUCGACAUCUGGUGCUUUUGAUUGAUCUCGGCAUACAAAGCAAUGGUAGGGGGUGGAAGCAGAAGAGACGAAGGGUCGUUGAUGAUUAACAACACGAAUGUUUUUGCUGCACUUGAUGCCCUCAAGAAGAAGAAGAAAUCCGAUAAGGAGCGCAAGAGCAAGGGUUCUAAAUCAGAGGCUCAGUCGAAGGAGCCUGAAUCCCAGGUGUUUUGGGCUCCCACUCCCUUAAAUGCUAAAUCUUGGGCGGACGUUGACGACGAUGACGAUGAGGACUAUUUUGCGACCACUGCCCCGCCUCAGGCUGUCUGGGGCGGUUCCGAGCCGGAGCAGAGUAAGGAGAAGCCGAGUUAUGUAGAGGAUAGUGAGAGUGAGGAAGAUAUUUUAGAUGAAGGAGAUGAUGAUGUUGAGGAAGAGCAUGAUCAUGAACCUGAGCUCUCCAUAAAACCUGAGCAUGAGGUUAAGAGGCCUGCUGAAGUCUCUGCGGCACCAAAAGAGGCAGAACGACAGCUCUCUAAAAAAGAAAGGAAGAAGAAAGAACUUGCAGAACUUGAGGCUCUUUUGGCUGAUUUUGGUGUUACACAGAAGGAGAGUAAUGGUCAAGAUGAGUCUCGAGGUGCACCUCAGGAUAAGAAAGAUGCUGAGGCUGAUGGAGAGAAGAAAGAAAAUAUUACCGUGGAGUCCAAAAGUGCCAAGAAGAAGAAAAAGAAGGUGAGAGAAUCGCAGGAUCAGCCCAACGCUACAGAUACAAUGAAUGUUGGUGAUGAGGUUGCUGCUUCAGAAAAUGUGGACGAGGAUACGUCCUCUGUUGAUGUUAAAGAGCGCCUUAAGAAAGUUGCUUCGAUUAAGAAGAAGAAAUCAAGUAAAGAAAUGGACGCUGCAGCAAGGGCUGCUGCUCAAGAGGCUGCUGCGAGAAGUGCUAGGCUUGCGGCAGCAAAGAAAAAAGAGAAGAACCAUUAUAACCAGCAACCUGUGCGGUAAAAGUAUCUGUUCCCCCCCCCCCCCCGGGGCGGGGCCAUCAGUAAAAGUGUCUGCUCUGUUUAGGAAUAUGUAUUACUUGUUUAUAACUUUGAUGGUGCAGAAUAAACAGUUGUCUUAUGACGUUGUAUCGUCACGGACUUGAGAUUUUUUUUUCCCUUUUUGUUCUUUAGCUUAAAUUUUCAUUCUCUCUCCCGAAGAGCUUAGCUGUUGCUCAAUUGUUGCGGACGUGUCUUCUUGCAACAGAUAACUUUAGAUUUUAGUAGUGUAAUGGUAAACGAACAUUACAUCUUUGCAUUGUUCUUCUGUCCUUGGGCGGAUCAUAUAGUUGAACUGGAGAAAUAAUUUUUAAUUUACAAUC